UGUUCUUUCUCCAUCUCUCACUACGUGCACCCGGCACGCCCAGCGCUUGGGACCAACCCGCCCACCUUCCAGUCCUCCCAGUCCAACACCUCGCACGCCCAGGUCUGAACCCUCUCCCUCGCCAUCGCCAUGGCGCGCAAGAAGAUCCGGGAGUACGACUCCAAGCGCCUCCUCAAGGAGAACCUCAAGCGCCUCGCCGGCAUCGACCUCACCAUCCUCUCCGCCCAGAUCACACAAUCAACAGACUUCGCAGAGCUUGUGAGCCAGCAGCCAUGGCUGUCAACCACAAAGUUGGUCGUGAAGCCUGAUAUGCUGUUUGGGAAGCGUGGCAAGAGUGGCCUGGUGGCCCUCAACCUUGAUUUUGAUCAAGUCAAGGAGUUCGUCAAGGAGCGAUUGGGAGUCGAGGUUGAGAUGGGUGGCUGCAAGGCUCCAAUUACAACCUUCAUUGUUGAGCCAUUUGUGCCCCACGAUCAAGAGUAUUACUUAUCGAUUGUGUCAGAGAGGCUGGGCAGCACAAUCAGCUUCUCAGAGUGUGGAGGGAUUGAGAUCGAGGAGAACUGGGACAAGGUUAAGACGGUUUUUCUUCCAACUGAGAAGCCAAUGACACCAGAUGCAUGUGCUCCCUUGAUUGCUACCCUUCCACUGGAGGCACGCGGAAAAAUUGGUGACUUCAUCGAAGGAGUGUUUGCUGUAUUCCAAGACCUGGACUUCUCAUUUAUGGAGAUGAACCCAUUUACCAUGGUGAAUGGAGAGCCAUAUCCUCUGGACAUGAGGGGAGAACUUGAUGACACAGCAGCUUUCAAGAACUUCAAGAAGUGGGGAGCUAUUGAAUUCCCUCUACCAUUUGGAAGAGUACUGAGCCCUACAGAAAGUUUCAUCCAUGAACUAGAUGAGAAGACAAGCGCCUCUCUGAAGUUUACAGUUUUGAACCCAAAGGGACGCAUCUGGACAAUGGUUGCUGGAGGUGGUGCUAGUGUCAUAUACGCUGAUACAGUUGGAGAUUUGGGGUAUGCUUCAGAGCUUGGAAACUAUGCGGAGUAUAGUGGUGCUCCCAAUGAGGAGGAGGUUCUGCAUUAUGCUAGAGUUGUACUUGAUUGUGCAACUGCUGAUCCCGAUGGUCGUAAGAGGGCGCUUCUCAUUGGAGGUGGCAUUGCUAACUUCACUGAUGUGGCUGCCACAUUCAAUGGCAUCAUCCGGGCCUUAAGAGAGAAGGUAUAUAGGACUGCUCGCUCUAGAAUCCUCGCUAGUGUUAUGUUUUUCCUGGCACCACGGAUACCUUUUCACCUGAUUCUUCACCGCACAAUUUACUUUCAGGAAUCCAAGUUGAAGGCUUCAAGGAUGCACAUUUAUGUUCGCCGAGGUGGCCCGAAUUACCAAUCUGGACUGGCUAAAAUGCGUAAGCUUGGUGCAGAGCUCGGCAUUCCAAUUGAGGUGUAUGGGCCAGAAGCGACAAUGACAGGAAUCUGCAAACAAGCGAUUGAAUGCAUCAUGGCUGCAGCAUAAUUGGAGUGUAGUUCUGGGUAGUUUGGGAUCUGCAGACACGCAAUUGAAUGUGUCAUAGACUCAGCCAUAAAUGAGGGGUGGAGAGUUGUUGCAGUAGUUCACCCACACAAUGGUUCCUCCCUUUUGUUUCAGAUAUGUUGUAGCGUGGAGUUGUUUGACGAUAUCUUUCUAGAUCACUACUGCAAAGAAAUUACUGUCGUGAUGCAAUAAAUCCGAGGUCUAGUUUCGUAUCCA